AGGCGACAACGCGACACGCUCAGCAAGUACUAGCACAGGUGUACUGGUAUCGCAACGACAGUCAUGGACACGACGGAUGUAAUGAUGGGCAUAGGCCCCCUGCCAUACGUAGACUCAGAAUAUGAGAGUGAGGAUAUGCGGGCCAUGGUGGAUGCCAUGAUUGAGGACGAGGCCAGCAAGUUCCCCAUCACAGCCAAGAACUAUCUCUCAUAUUUAGGACAGGAAUAUACCCCCAAAUUCACGAGCGAGUUACUGAAGAACGAGUAUGCACGAGUAAGCACAGGAAAGCCAAUGGCUCCCUUUGAUGUGAAACGGUAUAAAGUGGCGGAACCCACUGUUGGUGCCACCAAGGAGGACGCGUGGAGGGCCGCCACCGACCACGUGGCCACACAGCUGGAAAUGCAGCACGACCGCAUCAUCAAUUUAGAGCUUCUGAUCAAAUACGGUAAGACAGCGUGGCUAGAGCACACGAAAGAGCUGGAGCUGGUUAAGGACACGGCUCAGACGCAGCUGGAGAAGAUUACCGAUGACUUGGAGGAGCUUAAUGGCACCCGCGCAGCCGAGCAGCAGGACGCCGGCAUGCGACUGCUCGACCUUCAGGCGCAGCUAACCACAUUCUUGGACCAGAAAUUGGAGGUGCAGAAGGCCUGCUAUACGUUGGAGAGAGAGCUACAAUACCUCGAGCAGAAGACUCAGAACACGGGCGGUGCGGCGGAAUAGACUAACAACCACCACACCACACAUAGCAAACCCCCCGAGACAAAUCGGGCGAAACUUACCACGUGGGCACUUUGAAGCAUUUUUCACAAACAUUCAAUGAGCACUUUUAGGCAUUCAACGCUUUCACCAAUAUUGCGAAACAGGCCUUAAGGGAAGGGUCUAAGUACAACAAUGUAAUGACUGGCAUCGGAAUGAUUAUGGCAUAAGCGCCGCACAUCUUGCCGAGAGUUAGAGUGUCGCCGCCUUUCGACAUGCAGAAGCGGUUAUAUCAUCCACACAGUUGAAAGCUGUUAUAUCAUACACACAGUCGGAAGCUGUUAUAUCAUCCACACAGUUGAAAGCUGUUAUAUCAUCUACACAGUCGGAAGCUGUUAUAUCAUCCACACAGUGUAACCACAAAGACACUUGAAACGCUAAAACCAUGAGUCAACGGUACGGUGUUAUGGUUGAUCAUUUUACUUCUGCGUGGAUUCCUUGGGUUUGUCUAUACUAACUAAGUAUGACCCCAGGCCGGCCCAGGGGCUCUGGCCAUUCGAGAUCGCAUUGCCCAGGGACUUCCUAGUUUAUAUCCGCACUGCGUAGUGGGUAUGAGCAAGGCUCUCUCACUUUGCGUGAUGACAUCGUGUUGUGAACCAGAUACGAAUCAAGGACUGGCAGCUAAAAAAGUAAGCUCGGCGGAUGUAGCAGAUGACCUGGUUGUCUACGGAUGUGGUGAGGGCGCCAGAGUACAGACUGUACGGCACACAGCACAGAUAGUCAAACUUGAGCUAUCGCAAAAGCACAGUCUCAGACUUCUGCGUAAGUGGAGGGCAGCAAUUUUCUCACGGUCUACAGGGUUAACAACGUGCUCGCGUCACAUUCUGUAACCAUGGACAUAUACAUAAACCAAUCGGUGUGUAGAAUGAUUGUCAAAGUGGGUUGUUGUUUAGAAUAUAAUACAUACGCUCAUGUGUCUGUGUUAAAGGCACUGCAUUGCAGAAAAGUCUGACAAUGGCUUGCAACAAGCUAUCGGAUGCAUACUGCAUGCUUGCGAAGAAGCGUGCCCCCAGGCGAGGUGUACCUGCACGUGUCAAUUAUGGUUGGUUGUGUACUUCCUGACAACACUGUAAAUACCUACCCGGGUAUGACUACAGUUGUCUUGCUCGCAGUUUUCCAAUGCAUGCCUAUAAUCGCAAUAGGUACUAUACUGUGGGCGUGUUUCUAAUUAAAUAUAAAUA